AUGGCCGUCGCCUCGACGCCGCUCGUCGCGGCACCAUCGUGCCCGGCCUGGGCGAAGCAUCGUCGCGGGCGCCAGCCGCAGUUCGACGGCAAGCCGUGCGAGCCUGCCGAGGAGGAGGACAUGUGGCUGUGCCUGGCCGACGGCCGCGCGCGCAGCACCGCCGACCUGAAGCGCCUGGCGACAGCCGCUCGGGUGCGAGCGAAACGAGCAGGAGAUGCAGCCGCCGCGAACACGCGCGAUCGGCAGGCGCGCGACCAGCGCCGCCGGCAGCGUGAGCAGCACGACCGGCGCGCAGCGCCGGCGGUCGCCAAGACCGUGCGCCCACAACGCGGCCAGUGCGGCUGCCCGGCGCACGCGGUGUGCGGCAUGUGCGUCGACCAGGGCAAGCUCGCCGCGGCCGAGCAGGCGGCCAUCGACCUGGAGACGCGCUUCCACGCCUCGACGAACGUCGUCAUGGACCUGGAGCGGCCCGAGGACGAGACGGCGGCGCUGCUGCAGCGCUGCGUGCACGUCUCCGACGAGACGAAGCGGCGGCUGCUGGGCGAGUGGAGCGACGAGCGCAUGGCGCACGCGCUGCCGCUGCACGCAUGCGCCUCGUGCGGCGUGCGGGACCCGUCGCUGACGUACACGCGGGUUGACGUGUCGGCGCUGCCGCGUACUGUGUCUGUGCGCGUAGCCGGCGGCGAAGACGAGACGCGGCACGUGUUUGAGCUCUCGCCCGAGCAGUGCGCUAAGUAUCGAGGUCUUCAAAACAAAAAGGUGCGGUGCAAAGCGAUACUCCUAAAUCAAAAAAUAAAAAGAAAUUCGCGGGGGAGCGCGCGCGUUCACGGCCUGCCCACGGCCCGGCCGCUCAUCGUGAUCAUGCUCGCCACAAUCCUCCGCGAGAUUGACGCCGGCAUCGCCAUCUUCAUCGCCGUCGCUACAGCCAUCCUGCUCAAGGAGUGCGCCGAGGCGGUCGCGGGCAGCGCUGGCGCGGGGGACCGUGGCUCGCUCGGAAUUGCCGCGCUGCUGCUGGUGUGCUGCGGCUAUCUGCCAGCGUUCUGCAAGUUCUCGAACGCUGUCCACGGCACCAGCGUCGAGGCCGCCGACUUCCACAGCUACAUGUUCUGGGAGGUCGCCGGCUGCAGGCUCGCCUCGCGCGAGGCGGCGCUCGACCGCGUGUACGAGUUCCACGCCUCCGACUUCUUCGCGCGGAUCGAGCCGCUGCCGGGCGCGGCGGCGGCGCUGCGGCUGCUGCGCGCAAAGUUCGAGCUGCACGUGGUGACGUCGCGGCAGAGCGACAUCGAGCCGCAGACGCGCGCCUUUUUGGCGCGCCACUUUGAGGGCCUCUUCACGGCGGCGCACUUUGGCAACCACUUUGGGCGCGAGGGCGCCAAGACGAGCAAGCCAGAGAUGUGCAAGCGGAUCGGCGCCGUCGCGCUGGUGGACGACUCGCUCACCUACGCGCGCCAGUGCGCCGCGGCGGGCAUCCCCACUCUGCUCUUCGGCGCCUACCCCUGGAAUGCGACCGACGAGGCCCUCGACCUGUCCAUCCGCCGCGUAGCGCGCUGGCAGGAUGUGCUUGCGGAGCUGCUUGUGAAGGGGCUGUGA